UUUCAUCAUCUUUCAUCAACUUUGGUUAUUUAGUCUUUUUUUACCCUCCAAGUUUAUUUUUCAUUUUUACCAUAAAGCUAAUAAUAAUGAUGACAUUAGAAUCUGAUACAUUUUUAACCAGUUCACCAACGCAUUUCAACCUUAUUUUUGGCCCACAUUUAUUGUUACAUUAUUUGCCAUUUAGUGUUGUUUAAUUUAUUAAUGGUGAUACUCAACAAUAACCUCCAACAUCAUCUUUGACAAACAAAUUUUGGGUUCAUCAAUUUAUUGUCGACAAAUGAUAACGUUUACCAAUUCAUCUUUUAACUGCUAUUUUACAAUUAUUUUCACUCUCUGGCCCUUCAUUAUCAAUGGUUUAAAGCUCUAUGGAACCAAUCUUGACUCUGAUUUGAUCGGACCAGAAACAGCAGUGAACAUCUCAAGUAACGAAACUUACCCUGACCAUUUGAACCUAUUAUCAGAUAAAUUCGUGUCCAAUGGAAGCAGUUUUGACCAAAAUUUUGACCACACAACUAAUAAACUCGACGAUGAGUUAACCAAUAUCCAAUUGCAAGAUCGGAAAGCUCGGACCUUAAAACAAGCAGAGUUACCAACUUAUAAAGAGAAUGUAGAUAAUUAUAAUGGUCUAAAGAGGCUUGCUGGGACUAAAUCUGAUCAACAUGUCAAAGAUCAAUCAUUAAAUUUGAAAUCAACUCGAAGUUUGGACCCAUUAUCAUUGGAGCUUUAUGAUCCUCAAGUAUCAACUUUAGAUGGACCCAACUCAAAAUUCAUCGAGUACCAAAAUGAUGGCAUUGUAUCAACUCAAGGUGAAGAAAAUACACAUUCAGCUAUAGUCCCAGACAAACCUGAUAACUACACUGACCCUGAGGAGAGAUCAUUAUCACCUUUGUCCAGUUCUAAUCAUCGGUACCAUUGGACAAACAAAUCUUUGCCUGGAAUACACUUUAGAUCUCUUGAUUCUGAUGUAAAUGGUGAAAGUACAAACAACGAAUCAAUUGGAAUCAUAAGCAAUCAAACUCAAUUGGAUUCAGUCAUUCAUUCAUCCUUAACAUCUACUUCAUCACCAAUCAAAUCUUCGGUCACUUCUUUAUUUCCAACUGCUCUAGGAGUUGAAAGCCAUGAUGAAAACCAUUCUAAUUAUAGAUUGUGCUCUAGUCCCUAUAACUGUCACCUUCAUCUGAAUGAACGUUGCGUGAGUUCAGCCAAUUUCAACGUUUGCCAAUGUGUUGAACCAUUUCAUCGUACAAAUCAUUCAGAGCCAUGCCGAAUUAAGAAAGGAGCAUUAAUUACAGUUUCUUUUGGUAAUCUCAUUUGGUCCGAUGACUUGGCCAAUAUUUACUCUCCUCGUUUCAUUGAAACUAAAGACCAGACUGAAAGAUCUCUAAGAGUUAUCAUGGAUAGAUCUCCACUUUUAGCCUCAGGAAUAGUCUCAAUUGGAGUGCUCAGCUUUAGCCCGGGAAGUGUCUCGGCUAAAGCAAUGGUCCAUGUUCGUAAUGAUCUAUUCACAAAUAAUUUCAAAGUCAACCUUGCUCGAGAAAUGACUCAAGCAGUUGCCGAUCUCAGUGAAAGUGCAUCUUCCAUGCCAUCAGAAUUGCUCUUUCGAAAUGUAACCAUAAAAGCUAUCCAAGACGAUAUCGACCCAUGUGGAAUAGCUGAUCUCAAUUAUUGUUCACCAAAUUCAGUAUGUUUACCGAUUCCACCACAAGGAGCCAUUGCCGCCAAUUUACUAUCAGAGCCAGGAUUCCGUUGUCAAUGUAAACCAGGUUUUACUGAUUUGUCACCCAAUCCAUACUAUCCUGGGGAAGUUUGUCGUGUUGAAUGCCCAUUGAGUUAUUGUGAAAAUGGUGGACAUUGUUUGGUUAAUGCGUUAGAUUCAACGCUUUAUUGUACUUGUCAAGACUGGAAUGUCGGUCCAAGAUGUCAAUAUUCUGGAAUCUUGGUAUUCAGUGUUCUUGGAGUGGUGGUUAUACUUCUUAUGCUUAUUGUUGCCUGUACAACAUCAGCCUUUUGUGGUAAACGAGUUACACGAGAGACUGUCUUUUCUCGCCGCGUGUCACCAGUUACUUAUGAUGAUACAAUAAGACCUUUCCGAAUCGCUGUAAAUAAUUAUGAUUCACCUGAAAUGACUAACGGACUAAUUGUGGGCAAUUCUCGUCGCAUGGAUUCAUCUGCAUCAGGUGGAAACAGCAGUGGAGGUGCAAAUAGAAGGCUAAGUAGAGGAAGCACAGAUGAUGGAAGAGGAAAAGUGAAGCCACUUUCUGCUGGAGGAGCUUCUGGUUUCAAGGAUGACUGUUUAUCUGAACAAGCGAACCGUUUACAAGGUCUUUCCACUAUUGGCUUAACUCAGGCCAAUCUUUCAGGUUACUGAUGAUAUUCAGCUGUUCAAACGAUUAUUUAUUAUUCAACUGUAAAACGCAAAAUACUGUGGUCAAUUAUCAAUGUGAAGACAACAUUGAUUCGGAUCUUUAAUCAACUAUAUAAAUCUCAAAUCUUCAUCAAUGAUCUCAAAGUAAUAACUAGCCAAGGAAACAUCUGGAAGAUGAACAAACUAAAUAAGUACAACAAAAAGACUGGUGGAUUCAAUAAACAGUUCAAAACACUACAUGAUUUAGAUGAUCAUUUGGGGAAAUUUCCUUUUAUUUAUUUAAAUUCAUUAUUGCAUUCUGGUCUGGAAAUCGAAUUUGACAAUCCUUUCGAAAGAUUUGGACAUUUUAUCUUCCAGAAAAUGGUUUUUAUAAUAAAAGACUCAUCCAGUUCAAUAACAAAGCCUGUAAAUAUAAUUAAUCAUCAAAAAAUGCCAAAUUUUGAGCUGUUACUUCUGGUCAAGCUGUUUUUUAAUCAUUGAUCUCAUCUAAAAAAGUCUUUUUUCCAAAAAUCUUUCCAGUCAAAGCAACAUUAUUCAUUCUAAGUCAUAAAAACUAAAUUUUCAACUAGCACAAUACCAGACAUUUGUAUUAAAAGUACAGUUUGAGCAAAUGAGAUGAUUGUUUCAAAUCCUAUGAAAAUUAGGCCAUUCAAUGAUCAUCUCUAAUCCAAAUGAUCUUUAAAGCCAAAUUUAAGAUAAUGUUAAAGUCAAUUGAUUCAUCAACAACUGAUGCCCAAUUGGACUCUUUAUUUCUGAAUGGUAACUGUUGAUUCAUAUCACAGACCAUAGAGUCUCUCAAACUGCCACUUAAUAUCUAACUUUAUGUCGUAUUUACGAUCAAUUUGUUCAUUUAUUAAAGUGAUUUUACAUAGUAAA